AUGAUCAAUGAUGCGCCUUUGAGCGGCAUUAAUCAAAUUUGUCAAAAAAUGGCUGCCCUUGUUGUUCAAUCCCGUUUUGCCGGCUUAAAAAUAGAAGACGACGACCAUCCUGGUAAUGAUAACCAGAAAUCUAAAAAGAAUAAAAUGAAUCCGGGUAAAAAAAUUGAUCCUCCAAAGAAACCUAAAACUGCGAAUAAUAAAUCUCAGAGUGUAGCGACAAAGAAACGAAAGCAUAAGCUGGUAGAAGCUACAACAGAGCAAUGGGAGAUGUGGAAGCAAAAAGAUGAAGAAAUUGUUGAUGGCAAUUUUGAAACCCAGUUGCAAGAGGCAAUUCUCUUAUCCAAACUUGAUUAUGAGGAAAAAAAAGAUGUCUACAAGGAGCUAAAAAAAGCAGCUGAAUUGGAAAAAAAAUUGGAUGAGCAAGCACGACCAGGAAAUAAAAAACAAAAGAAGAAAAACGUUAUGAGUCUUGAACAGUUUAAUGAAAUGGUUACUAGCAAUGAGGAUCCAAAUUUUAUGAAUGUUACAACUAUCAAAACUCAAGAAGAACAAAAACCAGUUGACAAAGACACAAAGUUCUUUGACAGAGUACAGGAUGACACAAAGAAUGAACUGUUAAAAGAAAAAAUUAUAGAAAGAGUUCGAAAUCAGUCUGUUCCAGAUGAAGUCUUAACUCGAAUACAAUUUGCUGAAGCUUUAGAGAAGAAGGAUAAAGAAAUAAUAGAUUUGAAAAAAGAAGUUACUACUUUAAAAGCGGAACUACUCACAGUGAAGUCUCGGAAUAAAAAGCUGUGUAAUAUACUUGGACAGGGAGAGAUGAAGGAUAAAGCAGAAAUUUUGGUAGAAGUAGAACGAUUACGCGCCGUCCAGGCAGAACUGAAUGCAGAGCUUGCUUCCCUGCAUACUGAUUUAGAGAAGGAACGUUCAAAGAAUGCUGAUCCCCGAGCUAAGGAUAAGAAAAAUACUAAUAGAAAGAAAAAUAUACGAUUCGAUGUGUCGUCUGAAGCGAUUGCGUCCAAAGAGAUUAGUUCAGAACCAAUA